AUGCUCCUCGGGGCGAUGAUUUUCUCUCGUGCGAUGUGGGCGAUCGUGGACGUGUUGUCCCCCCCUGCCGCGGGGGGGAGGCUCGCCACCGCCUUGUCUGCGGUGGCCCCUCCGCCGGCUGCGGGGAACCAGACUCCCGACCGUGAGGCCGGAGGGGGAGCUACAGGUGCGUCUUCCUGCCCGGUGGGCGCUGCGAAGGCGACCGGGGCGGGGAGGGAGGCGGCCGCGGCUGCCCUAGACAAGCUCGAUGCGAUAACGCCGCAGCAGCGGCGGCAGCAGCAGCAGUAUCGGCGGCAACGCGCGGCUUCGGAGGGCGGAGGGUUUGCUGGUUCCGGCACACCGAACCGGGGGCUGCCGCAGCAGCAGCUUUUUCGCGAGGAUGGGGCGGCAGCGGCGGGCUGGAGACACUCGCCGGCGGGGGGAGGGUGGGGCUCGUCGGCGGCGGCGGUCGCACAGCCGUCCCCGCGGACCCCUAGGAUUGCCCCCGGGGCAGCGUGGAACCGGGGCGGGUUCAAUGCCGAGCUUGAUAACGAUGACGGCGACGACGACGACGAUGACGAUGACGGAUGGGUGUCGGAGGAGGACCGCGCCGUUUCGAGAGGGUCCAGGCACUCAGGCGGCGUGCCGGAAGACGGCGGCGGCGGCGAUGGCGAUGGCGAUGGCGAGGUUGCCGUUGUUGGGGUUCACCCUCGCCUCGUCGAGGUGGUUUCGGCAGACGAUUCCCCCGCCUCCGUCGACGACAACAACGGCGGCGACGGCAACGACGAGUACGCCGACGAGCAAGCAAGCCCUGCUGCUGGUAGUCCCGGCGACGUUGGCCGUGGCGAUGCCACAGCUAGGCUUGACAGGGGCGGGGCCGUCGACUUUGGGCUGGACGCUGCCCCGCAGGUCCGGAGAUCUUGGAACGCCGGCGCGGUCUGGAAAGGCGAGAUGCAGCAGGCGGAGCAGGCGGCUGCCGCCGCUGCGGCGACGGCGGCGGCGGCGGCUCUGCAGCGGCGGCGGGCGGCGGCGGCGGCGCGGUUCCGAGUGGGGUUGCCGGACCCCCCCCAGCCCAGCGACGAGCAGGAGGAGGAGGAAGAGGAAGAGGAAGAGGAAGAGGAAGAGGAAGAGGAAGAGGAGGAGGAGGUAGGUGGUGCCAACAGCGAGGACGGGCGUUACUCGUCUCUGCCGAGUCUGGCCUCUAUAGGAGAAGAGGACGAAGAUGCCGAAGAAGACGACUCAUCUGACUACGACUCGGAGGGAAACAACGGCGGCGGUGGUCGGUGGCGGCAGCGGGGGCAGCGGCAGCCACGCCGAGCUCAGAGUGUUGGCGGGGUGCCGGCGGAAGCGGAAGCGGAAGGAGAAAAGCCUCUCACGGCGGACGAGUUCAUCAUAAAAAAGCUGCUUGAUGAGGGAAAGCUCGGACGGAUGGAGGCUGCCCAGAUGAUGCUGGAGUUUGAGCAUUCGGGCGAUUCCCGAGGACGUCGGCGGCGCGGCGCCAACCAGGAGGAGGAGCAGCAGCAGCAGGAGCAGCAGCAGGUGCUGCAGCAGCUGCAGUUAGAGGAGGGGCAAGAGGAUGAUGGAGGAGGGGGAGAGAACGAAGAUAACGACAACUCGCAACGGAAGCACGACGACGAUGACGUCAUGGCUCCCCCUGGCUUCCCGAAGCUCGGGACCAACGCGCAAGAAGGACCCGCUGCCGCUGCCAAUGCUAACGCCAACGUCGCAGCGGUGCCGGCGGCGGGCGGCUUCCGGAGGGGAAGAGGGGGGGUUAGGGGUGCUGCCCCCUUGGGCACACCUCACAAGAGGGGCGGCGCAACUCGCACUCAAAGUGCCGGUUCGCGCUCACCUGCUGUUGGCGGCGGCGGCGGCGGCGGCGGCGGCGGCGAGAGACAGCAGCAUUUGCAGGAGCAGCUGCAGCAGCAGCAGAAGGGGCAGCAGCGGGGGGUGGAGCAGGAACAACGGCACCUGGAACAGGAGAAGAAGCUGGAGAGGGCGGAGGAGGAAGAGUAUGAACGCCUACAGCAGCAGCAGCAGCAAGAGCGGCAGCAGCAAGAGCAGCAGCAAGAGCAGCAGCGGCAAGAGCAACAGCUGCAGCAGCAGCAAGAGCGGCAGCAGCGGCAGCAGCAAGAGCGACAGCAGCAAGAGCAACAGCCGCAACCCGCAGCGGCAGAAGGGGAAGACGAAGAAAUUUUCUCCGUCCGAAACCCUUGUCUGGACUACGACACCAUGGCGCCCCCUGGGGUGUGAGAGGGGUACGUUCCUUGCCCCCAUCCCACGUUUUUUUUUUGGCGUAAUGUAGGCGGUGGUUGUUCUUCUGGGUUUUAACUGAUGAGCGCGUGUUUUUUUUUGCGGGAGGUAGCGGAGGCGUUGUCUGCUCUGCGCGUGGCGCUGAUCAGGUCAUGUCGUUCAGAUGUGUUGCUGUUUGCUUGGUGGUGUUUUCUAGACGCCUUUGGAGGCGUUGAUUUUCACCCCUUCCGCCUACUGUAGGUGACGUAUUGACGUCGAGUGAGCAGAAGUGGUGUGUGUGCCUGCCGGCCGGUAAUGGGUGUGUUUUUUGAGAGGUGAAACGGCCGUUCACGUGGGACGAGUGCUUGACAAGCCGGAGUGGAGUGGUGUGGUUCCAAACAGCUCUUUUUGGCGUGCCUUCUCGCCCCAGGCAUGACCGCAGUGGCCGCAGGCGUGUGGCCGCAGGCCGCAUGCAUGCGGAGCAUAGAUUCUUCACAAUUAAUUGCGGGUGGGUGUUCACGGUUUUCGGUAGAGCGGGAAGGUUUCAGCGCGAACGCGGGCGUGCAUGUGGGGAGGGGAGGGGGGUAGCAACCGCCUUGUUCGUGCACGCCGGUGGUUCUAGAAGCAGGCCCAGCGAUUUGCUUUGUUCUUGGAUGAUCUUUGCUCAACCUUGUCGAAUUGCCUUCGCGUUGCUGUAUGUGUAUUUUUUAUUAUUUGCGUCGGUGUCCGAGGCUUUCCGCCGCCGCCACUGCUGCUGCUGCUGCUGCUGCCAUGUGUAGCCGUGCAGGGCAGCAAACCCAGCCCGCCCGGCGCUCGAUUAAUGGUUGCCGUAUACGAGAGCUAGAUCUCGGGGCGUUGCGGGCGCACAGAAAACACGUUCGUUCGCCCAUGUCCGUUCGCGUGCCGCCGAGCCAGUUUUGUUGUUGUUGGUGGUGAUGUGGAUGUUGUUGUAGCUGUCUUAAUACGUUGAAGAAUGUUCCGAUUUGUUGUUGCUUUUGUUGUUGCUCUGUUGUUAUUCUUUGCAUUAAACAAAGUGUCGAUAUCUGCUGCUCAGUACCUCUAACACGGGUGGUAUCGGUCCAACCGACACCGACGAGUUCACCAGGUUUGACCGGCUCUUUUCUUUAUCGUGGGAUGCAAGUAGAAUAUGAAAUAUAUGAAAAACACAGAGAGGAGACGUUUUGGGGAGCUACUGCUGUGUGCGCGCAUGGAUUCAUAGGCCACGCUUCUGUUAGAAUCAUGAAUAGAGGGGAGGGGAGGGGAGGGAUGAUUUGUCGACGUGCAUCCGUGUUAAGUAUCAUCAGGUAGCUGUUGACGGUGGGCUCUCGUAUUGUCAAUAGCUAACUGUCAAGGGUAGACUCUGGUUGUACAAUAGAUUGAAUAACGGCAGCCAGCUGUCAGAAGGGCAGCAGCAGCAGCAGCAGCACCGCUCGUAUCUCAAUUUGUCCAUACCGAGUGGUAGCAACUCGUGCUUUACGGACAAUAUCAACAGUGUUGCCUCUUUUAGGGAGUCCAGAAAGAGCUGUAUAUUUUUCGUCGUCCAGUAUCCUUAGAAAAAAGGCUUCGUACAGUAGAAAAAAGUUAUUUGACCAGCCCAUAGUAAACGGCCUUGUUAGAUGGGAAAACCCACCGAGGACAUGAGUAUUUUCGUCGUGUUCCUCUGGUCUUCGUAGCCUAAGCAACAUGGCCUACACGGAUGGAUAUCGUUUCCCUUGGUGUAAGGGCGGUCCAUGGUUUCACUCCCGUGCGAACUAACGACAUCUCCCCCAAGCGUCGCUAUCUCGUCAUCAACCAGGGGACGGGGGGGGGGGGAGAUGGAGCGCUCCCGUUUUUUCGUGAGGCUUGAGGGCGCCACUUGGAAGUUUGAUGCGGUGUUGCCUGGAAAGAGGGGGGAGUUGUAAUGACGUAUUAACAUGGGUGAAAGAAACAACGAAGCAAGGGGAAUCGAAGAGACAUGGACGGAGCAGAGGGGCGAGGUUUGCGGAGGGCGUGAGAAGCCGUGUCUGCCUGUUUCUUUCGUGUUACUGUGCCCGGUUGUAGAGUCAGGGCAUUUGCUUUAGCCUGUGAAGCCCUACCGAAUUGAAUGAACGAUAGCGCCUCCCUAUCGGUGAUGCGAGGGGCGGGCUCGUGUCAACAAAACGUCAACGUUCUUUGUGGCGUUAUUU